GCAAACAUUUCAAACACCCUCUCUUCUCAUCUCCUACUAAGCCUCCCCUUAUCAUCUAGGACAAGAUAAGAAAACUACUCUCAAUUUUUCUUAGAACCCAUACUAUCUUUUCAUUUGGUAGACUAAUUGGAGGAACCAAUAUAUAUUGUCACCCAUCUCUUGCUUUUGAUCUUCUUUGAUAUUCAUUCAUACAACAAUGGUGGGAAAGAAUAGUUCAAACCUCCCUCCUGGCUUUAGGUUCCACCCAACUGAUGAGGAAUUGAUCAUAUAUUAUCUACGAAACCAGGCCAUGUCACGGCCAUGCCCGGUAUCCAUCAUCCCAGAAGUUGAUAUCUACAAAUUUGAUCCUUGGGAAUUGCCUGAGAAAGCCGAAUUCGGAGAAAAUGAAUGGUACUUCUUCAGUCCCCGUGACAGGAAGUACCCGAAUGGAGCGCGGCCCAAUAGAGCAGCUGUGUCUGGUUAUUGGAAGGCCACAGGGACAGACAAGUCCAUUUACAGUGGAUCUAAAUAUGUGGGUAUCAAGAAAGCACUUGUGUUUUACAAGGGUAAGCCACCAAAGGGUGCUAAGACAGAUUGGAUUAUGCAUGAAUAUAGAUUGAAUGAUUCAACAAGACCAACCAGCAGGCAAAAUGGGUCUCUAUCUAUGAGGUUGGAUGAUUGGGUCCUAUGCAGGAUCUACAAAAAGAAAAAUAUGGGAAGAGUUUUGGAGCAAGGGGUUGAAGAACUGGGUGCUCAAAUAGUGACUACAAAUGAUGUUAGUGACUCUCCAAUGCUAAAAUUUCCAAGGACUAGUUCACUUUCUCAUCUAUGGGAAUUAGACUGCUUGGGCUCACUUUCUCAACUAUUAAAUGACAAUUCAUACAACUCAAACUCGGAUUACCAAAACAUGAUGGGCAGCGCUGGAAAUGGCGCCCGAGGGAUCGAGAAAAUUCAGUUGGGGGAAUUGCCAUACCAAUACAUGGAUUCAAUGAAAUUCCAAGCUGACCAUAGUGGUGCAGUAGUAAUGCAGCCAACUUUUGUGAAUCCAGUGUUUCAGUUUAAGUGAUUUUGCGUAGUUGUGGGCAUUGGGAAAUUGUUAGAUUUGAUUAGUUAGGUUUGAUUUGAUGGGGUUAUAAAUUGUUAAAAUGCAAACAAAUAUUAUACGUUUGAUUUGGGCUAUGAGAAUUCUGUAAAGUUAAAGAUCCAGAUCCACCUGCAAUUUUUGAGUCCAUUGAUCUAUACUAGGCAUUCAUGAAAGUUAUGGAGGUAUUGGCUUCUAAUAAGACUUCAAUGGAUGUUAAACAAAGCCCUCUUAAUUUGUUCAUCAUCAACAAUGGCAAUUUCUCAAUAAGCCUUUAACCACGGUAUGGAUUGCAGUAAUAUCCAAUAGAUUGUUCAUAUUAAUGACUAUGAAGAAAACUACUGUCAUGGAUUGGAUGUGGAUUCAAUUAAACCUUACAGUUGUAUCAGUUUAUGCAUCCCAAGAUAUGCAAUUUGAGUAAUUUUCAGGA